UCAAUAAAACUGAACCGCCUCCUCGGCAGUUGCCACGGAGAAACGAUCCCGAUCCAUUCCCUGUUGUCUCGUCCGCGUUUCCCUGACAACGUCUACACAAAUCCAGGAAAACAUCCGGAAAAGACCCUCUGGUCAUUCCUUGGAUCUUCCGUACGUGGAAUAACUGCAGGAUUUGGUUAUUACUGGACAAUAGCUUAUAUUUUCUAAAAACAUGACGACUUCUCCCCUUCCUGUCUUGGAUAACAGCGACCCUCGUCUAAAACUGACGGUGGAGAACAGAAAAAGAAAUAUUUUUGUAACACAGUCGGAAGACACCAGACAUAAAAAGCAGGAAAAUGUCAACUACAUACCUGUUGUAACAGAGACUUCAAGCAGAGUCCUUGAAGCAGGAGUGAACACUUUGCAAAAGACUCUGGUUCUGAAGAAACAGGCUGAGUUGGAUGAGGUGGACAAGCAACUCGCAUUCAAACAGCAAGAGUUUAAGAGCUGCUUGGAGGCUCUAGCUCAGAGAAGGUCUCAACAGGAAAAAAAACAACAGCAGACUAAAGAGAGGGCGAUUAAAUUUGAGAAGUUUGUGGCUGAAAAUGAAGUGAAGCGACGCCGAGCGCUGAAGAAGUAUGAGGCUGCACGGGAGCAGAACAUAUCGAAGCAGAGAGAGAUAGAAGAUCUGACAGAACAGCUGAAACAACUCCGGAACAGACAGCAUGUUUUAAAGGAGAGAAUGGCAAAAUACAAAAUCUAUGAGGACUACUUGAUGAAAACACUGGAUUAUCUCCCCAGCAUUUACCUUGAUAAUGGGUCUGAAUCUUUGGUUAUGCCCAUUAUUCGGCGCCAUGAGACCCUGUCCAUCACCCACCAGGAGCUGCUGCAGCGAUUGGGGCGUCUGGAGGAUGAGGUGGAGCAGGGCCAGCGACUACUGCAGACCAUGAAGCAGGAACACAGCAUUAAAAAAUUGUUGAUCAGUAAGGAACUGUCUGAACUCCAGAGUGAGUUGGAAACCCUCAAAGAGAAGAACAAGCAGACAGAGGUUAACCUGCUGAUGGAGCAAGGCCUGUCCAGAGUGAAGGUUGAAGAAGUGGGAACUUUGCUUAUGGCCAUCAACAGCCUUGCAGAGCAGUGUUAUCUACCAGCAUAUGGACCUCUGGAAAACAUGAACAUACUGACAAUGAUGGACAUGGUGAAGGAGUACAUUGUGGACAAGGCAGACACAGAGAAGAGAGCAAGGAGACUGAUGGAGUCAGGGUCUGCAAUGACGAGUAGAACAGCUCUGACAGACAAAAAAGAGAGGGGAUCAGUGAAAAGCAUCGGCAGUAAAAUACAAAUCAAAAGUAAAGUCAGCAGAAAGAGUGAGACAAUGAGUUGAUGUACAACCUUUAGAUCUCAAGUUUGUUGUGUCAGAAAGUUCAUUUUUGACCUUGGAAGUAGUAGUUUGACAAUAGCUUACUUUUGAAAUGUAACAGAACAUGACAACAUGAAGACUGUGAGAUGCAGUGGACAUUUUAGAUAUUUUUGUUGACAUUUAAGAGUUGUUUGACUCAUAAAUUGUGUGAGUUUGUGUAACAGAGGCUCAGUGUUCAAAACUCUUUAUGGAAAAUCCUAUACACCAAAUUUUGCACUUUUAUUCAGCUUUUUAAAAAUUUUGACCAUUAGAACUUUUGUAUUUGUGCAUUUUUACUCUGUGUAUCUCUGGAAUGGAAUAAUUGUUGCAUUUUAAAAAUAAAAUGCUCGCAAUCAAAUAAUGCAGACAGACAGCACGGAGUUAUCAAAAUGGAGUGUGACAUGGUAUGUAUGCAAUUUUCUUAGAUUUUGUAUUCAUUACAUCUUCAUAUCUUAUCUUAUAUGGAGUUGUAGACUGUUGAAUAGAGAGUGUGCACUUGUGACAGUUUGCCCCAUUGGCAGGUAAAUUGUCACACUGCAUUGGGCAAGUUGUCACACUAGAUUAUCUAACAGUUAGAACACUUAGGCACAACGUCUUUCUUUGAACUUUAAAAUCAAACGUUCUCUGGAGUGCAAAUAGAUCUAUGGUAAUUGAAUGUAAUGCUGCAGAUAACUUGCUUAAAUGCAUAACUUCUUAACUAAACAGAUGUGGUGUUUAAACAGGCCUGAGGUGCAAGCAUCGCAGGCCCAUUUGUUGCAUUUGACACACUUAAACCACGUCUUCUUUGGAAUACUGUAUGAAAAUAG